AUGGCUUCUGGCUACGGUCUUACUGGUGGUCCCUCUCGCUGCUAUCCCUUCUGGCAGGAGGUUCUUGGCUGCUAUGUCGUGAACUCGGGUGAUGGCGAGGCUGGCAAGAAGAAGUGCACGCCCGCCCUGGAGGACUACUACGAGUGCCUCCACCACCGGAAAGAGGCCCUCCGCACGAUGAAGAUGCAAGCUGCCUAUCGAAAGGCCGAGGCCGCCCACCCACGAGAGAAUGCCCCCAAGGCUGAGCAGAUCCGAAGCUUGGGUUUGCUGGGGAAGGAGGAAGAAGCUGCCUCGGUGCUGGAGCAACGGUGA